GUUCUACAUAUCUAAUUUAGUUAUCAUAUUAUACUGGUUUUGCUGGGGGUUUUUUCUUCAUAAAUUGCAUCUUUGCAGGAUAACUGUGUUCAUAGGCCCCUUUUCAGUACAUGACUGACGUUACACACAGAAGCUCAACUUUUGGCUGUAGAAAGAAAGUCCUCGCCAUCUGCUCCCAUUCAACCUAGUCUAGAAUUACGUUUUGUAUUACUUAAACAAAAUAACUGUUUUGCGAUCUCAUACGCGUAAAAUAGUUGGUUGGUCUUUGCAAAAUAACAAUUUCGGAUGUAGCGGUUGUUAGCUAGAAUGCUAAUGUACAUUGACAGGCUGUAGCAAAGGCUAUCCAAAAAGCCUUUGUACUGGUUAGUGUUUUUUAGUAUGAUGUAGUUGAUUUGCGACAAUCAGACAUUUUAAGCAGGACACUCGUACGAGCCUUAAAAUCCAAUUAUAAUCCAAAGGUAGUCAAAUUGACUCAUAAACAGCAUGUCAAUUUAGGCGUUUUUUGCUGGCGUUCUGAGAAUUCGUUACAUUAUCGUACAUUUUUACAAAUUCGUAACAUAUAAUACGAAUUGCUAUUCGUAACAUAUACGAAAUGGUGGAUGUCCAUCACCCAAUUAUUUAACUAGGUAAAUCAGUUCAGAACAUUCUUAUUUACAUGUUCUUACAUUUAAAUACAAUGUAAAAAUGUUCUUUGCUUCCAAAACACUAUUUUUACAUUCAGUGGUUUACAAAAAGGAAAAGUGCAAACAUCUGCUGGUCUCAAUCUCCCCACUCUUGGUCUAGGUGUCUGUAAUCCAGGGGCAAUUUUUCAGUAAAAAGCAAGCUAGUCAACUUUUUUGUUUUCCUUCCUUAGAGGUAAGAAUAUGGAAAGGGGUGGGGAGAUAGGGCCACAUUUCAUAGUGGGUUGCUUUGCUCACAUCUGGGUGAUUCCAUGCCAGCGUAGCCUGGAAAUACUUUUGGAGUCUCAGAUUGUUCUGGCAAGUUUCACAUAGUAAACUUCAUUGGGAGGAAGGAUGAUUGACAGUUUUUAUAUGUGUAUCACAAACUUUUUUUGAGAAUCAUGAUACGUGGCAAUUUCAGUCCCUUUUUAGACCUAUACAUGCCCUCCUGUAAGACCUAUGAUCUGUGAAAUGUGUAUAUGAUAGACAUCUUGUAAUUAUACUCCUUUAUAGUGUUUUUAAAUAUGGAGUCGUCUAGAUAAUGUCAUUUUUCACCAUUUAUUCAAAAUAUGAAUCUUUAAAGUACCCAUUUUGUAUGUUUUUAGUCAUGAUUUGCCAUCCAGCCACUGCCUGUUAAGAAUAGUAAGCAGUGGUCGAAAUGCUUUGACUGGAAUUAGAUUCUGAGCAGGACAACUGCAGAUUCUUGACAUGACAAAUGUCCCUGUUGCACUGUAAUGAAACUCCCCCUGGGUAUUUUCCCCAUAGGAUUUGUGUAAUUAUUCCUAUGUAUUGGAGAUAAGAAAAAGCUUGCUGUGUAAAAGGCUGACUACGUUGCUGUAAGCUUAGAUAAUGUGGAAAAUUACUUUUGUUCCUUGCAGUUUCCAUUAAAUGAGUGGUACGGUGUGGGGAGUCUAUUGGUGUCCAACAAUACGGCCCACUUUUGUUAAUGCCAUACAAUCAUUUCUUUAAUGCAGAAUCUCUAAUGCAUGAGCUUUAACACAGUUCACACUCCCCACUUUUGCAUCCAUAACUCCAUAUUCAUGUUUAGCUUUUUAUCAAUCUAAAUACACUGCUCAAAAAAAUAAAGGGAACACUUAAACGACACAAUGUAACUCUAAGUCAAUCACACUUCUGUGAAAUCAAACUGUGACCCCUUGUGAGACCAUAUGCUGACACAUGCACAUUUGUGGCCUGCUGGAGGUCAUUUUGCAGGGCUCUGGCAGUGCACCUCCUUGCACAAAGGCGGAGGUAGCGGUCCUGCUGCUGGGUUGUUGCCCUCCUACAGCCUCCAUGUCUCCUGAUGUACUGGCCUGUCUCCUGGUAGCGCCUCCAUGCUCUGGACACUACGCUGACACACAGCAAACCUUUUUGCCACAGCUCGCAUUGAUGUGCCAUCCUGGAUGAACUGCACUACCUGAGCCACUUGUGUGGGUGUAGACUCCGUCUCAUGCUACCACUAGAGUUACCCAUCCCCUCACCAGGGUCCUGGAAGUUACUCAACGACCCCCUACCCUGUUCCUCAUGGUGGGUAUGGUGACCCUAACCAUGCUCCCCCACUGGUUGGCUUCCAUAUGGGCUACAACCACAAACAACACCACCCAGGCCAGCCUGUGAUGUACCAGCCUGUGCCCAUGCCUGAAUGUGGGGUACCUCAAAUGGGCCCAGGCUAUGGUGGUCCGAUGCCUGGGCCUGAAUACGGUGCACCUAACUCGGGCCCUCCUGCUGCCAUCUCCCCAGCCCCUGCAGCAGUUGUGCCUGUUGGAGUUCCACCUGGUCUGGAGUACCUAACACAGAUUGACCAGAUCCUUAUACACCAAAAAGUGGAGUUGCUGGAAGUGUUCAUUGGCUUUGAGACCAACAACCAGUACGAGAUCAAGAACAGCCUCGGUCAGAAGAUCUACAAGGCCAAGGAGAAGAAUGACUGCUGCACACGCAACUGCUGCGGCGCCCUGCGUAGCUUCGACAUGAAGAUCAAGGACAACAUGGACCGCGAGGUCAUCCGCUUCAUACGACCCUUCCGCUGUGCCUCUUGCUGUUGCCCCUGCUGCCUGCAAGAGCUCGAGGUCCAAGCCCCGCCUGGCACCACCGUAGGCUAUGUGUCCCAGGACUGGAACCCCUGCGUGCCCAACUUCUCCAUCAAGGGGGCCAGCAAGGAGACCGUAAUGAAGCUGGAAGGACCCUGCUUUGCCUGCAACUGCUGCGGGGAUGUCAAUUUUGAGCUGAGGGGAAAAGAUGGAGGCAAGCCCAUCGGCCGCAUCAGUAAGCAGUGGGGUGGCCUGAUAAAGGAGGUCUUCACCUACACGGACAACUUUGGCAUCCAGUUCCCCAUGGAUCUGGACGUCAAGAUGAAGGCUGUGCUCAUGGGUGCCUGCUUCCUCAUCGAUUUCAUGUUCUUCGAGAAGGAUUGAGCACUUUCAACUCAAAUUGAUUUCUUGGUUAUCUAUGUGCAUUUGGGGUUCAGAACAGUAUGGAAACUUUACAUGUUCUUAAAUACUUUAUUUCAGUAUUUUCUUUUUAGUCACUGCCAUGGUAAGCAUUUUAUCAUACCAUACAGCUUCAGUUGAAGUGUUAAAUUCUAGAUUCUUUAUUUUGGUAUAUUCUGUGUUUGUUUAAUGAUUAUAUUUUGCAUCAACAUGUCUUUUGUAAAGCAAAUGUACACAUUAUGACAGAAUGCUCUUUCCAUGAGACUGACCAGGUGAAUCUACAGUAGGUGAAAAUUAUGAUUACUUGGUUGUCACCUGUAAAAUCUACUUCAAUCAGUGUAGAGGAAAGGGAGGAGACAGGGUUAAGAUUUUUAAGCCUUGAGACAUUGUGUAUUUGUGCCAUUCAGAGGGUGAAUGGGCAAGAAAAAAGAUUUAAGUGCCUUUGAAUGGGGUAUGGUAGCAGGUGCCAGGCAAACCGGUUUGUGUCAAGAACUGCAAUGCUGUUGGUGUAUUCACGAUCAGCAGUUUCCCUUGUGUAUCAAGAAUGGUCCGCCACCCAUAGGCUAACUUGACACAACUGUGGGCAGCAUUGGAGUCAGCAUCCCUGUGGAAUGCUUGUAGAGUCCAUGCUCUGACAAAUUGAGACUGUUCUGGGGGUGUAACUUAAUAUUAGGAAGGUGGACCUAAUGUUUUGUACACUUAGUGUAUAUUUUUCCAGGCCUCAAUUGUUCCUUGACAAGCACCAUUCAUUCACGCUGUCGAUCAUUUUAAUGUUACUACUUCUAAUAGUAACUGUAUCCAGUGGGGAAUUGGGAGUGAGGUGACAUCUAUUUUUGCAGCAGUGAUCGUCAGAUACAAGGAGCUAUCAUCAGCAAGUAACAUAAUUGAUGCGAAGCAUUGAAUAUUUACAUUCAUGCACUUCAAAUUUCAUUUUUUUUUACUUUGUCCCAGAAGAAUAUAUCACUGCAGGGCACUCCCACAUCAUGAAGGAAUGUGCUUACCAGACUUAAGGGACACAGUGAAGAGUUGGGGCCAAUUUCAUGGUAAAAUGUGUCCUUGGUGUUAAAUAGUGUCAUUUUGUUCAUGGGGUGAGUAUGAUGACUCUUUGCACUGUUUAGGGAAAGGGUUGUUAAACUUGUAUUAGGCUGUAAGGGUCUGGAUUCAAUCAGUAGUGCUGAAGUUAAGCGUUAUAGCUGAUUGAAAUUUAAAUGCAAGGUUUCUGCAUUUGCAGUAAACUCUGCUUAUGUCGGCUCAAUCGAAAAAUGACUUUUUGAAUUUCAACCAUGCAUAUUUUCGGCACUGCAGAUUGAAUCCAGCCCUGAGUCAAACAGUUGUGGUAAAUAAAGCAGUUUUGUACUUUUU